UGAUAAUGCUGCAUGAGUAUUUAUCGAGAAGAAUCGGAAUCAGAAGAAUUACCAAUUGGAGAAAAGUUAGAGAAAUUCACGAGUUGUAGCACUAGCGCAGAAGGAUUGAAGGAGAAAUGGCCAUGGGUGUGGUUAUUAUGGCUCAUGGUCAGCCUUCCGCCGCCCUUCACCGACUCCAUACUCAUCCUGCUUCACCGUCGUCUUCGUCUUAUCUCCGACUGCGCCUUCCUCACUUCUCUUCUGCUGGACGAUGGCUGAAUCCCCAUUUUGCCCCUGCCAGGCUCGAUGCAUUUAGUUUAAAGUGUUCAUUGACUAGCAUUGAUGUCUUGGAUUCUGUUGCAACUGCAACCGAGGAAGUCUUUGAGGAUACCGCAUCUCUCGAAUCAAAUUGUUCUAUUCCAGUUGUUCAUCUGAAAUCUGAUACCUUGGAAACAGAAGGAAUUAACUUACUUGUUGGAGGCACGUAUGUAGACACAAUAUUGACAGCAUUACCUGUCUUAUCAGAAGAGGAACAGAACGCAAUUGCAGCAACUCCUGCUCAUCCAGCUGGACUCUAUGCUUUAUAUGCUAGCUGCUUGGCUGGAAAUCUGGUUGAACAGCUAUGGAAUUUCGCUUGGCCUGCUGCGAUUUCGUUGAUUCAUCCAAGUCUUCUUCCUGUGGCUGUCUUGGGUUUCUUUGCAAAGGUUGCUGUUAUUGUUGGAGGCCCUUUGGUAGGGAAACUAAUGGACUACUUUCCAAGAGUCCCAGCAUACAAUUGCUUAACUAUGGUCCAGGGAGCUGCUCAGUUGUUAUCUGUUGGAAUGAUAAUUCAUGCGCAUACCAUCCACCCCACACCUGUCUCUUCUGUUCUUGUCCAACCAUGGUUUGUUGUACUUGUGAUAGCUUUGGCUGUUGAAAGGCUCUGUGGACUGGCUCUGGGGGUAGCAAUGGAGCGUGACUGGGUUGUUUUGUUGGCAGGAACAAGUAGACCAAUAGCUCUUGCACAGGCAAAUGCAAUCCUCAGUAGAAUCGAUCUCCUCUGCGAGAUUGCAGGAGCAUCAUUAUUUGGCAUUUUCUUAUCUCAACAUGAACCAGUCACAUGCUUAAAGCUGGCUGCUGGUCUAAUGAUAUGGUCGCUGCCUGUAGUGGUUGUUCUUACGUGGUUAACGAACAUGCUCUCUGCUGGAGUCCUGGACCGUGCCAAAUGUUCACAAUGUUGCUGUGGGAGUUCGUCUGCAGAUUCUAUUCCAGACACCUCAAAUAUAUUUGCUACGAGUGUAGAAGUUAUCAAGAAUGGGUGGUUUGAAUAUAUUCAGCAGCCUGUUCUGCCGGCAAGCCUUGCUUAUGUGUUACUCUACUUCAAUGUUGUUCUUGCUCCUGGUAGUCUGAUGACUGCUUUCUUGACACAACAUGGUUUAAAUCCUACACUUAUUGGAGGUUUCAGUGGACUAUGUGCAUUUAUGGGUGUGGCAGCAACAUUUGUGUCUGCAAAGAUGGUUAAGCGACUUGGCAUUCUUAAGGCUGGAGCAGCGGGCCUUAUCUUUCAGGCUUCCCUUCUUACCCUUGCAGUUGCUGUGUAUUGGAGUGGUUCUCUUUCUCAGAAAGUUCCAGUUUUAUUCUUCUUAUGUUUAAUUGUAUUAUCGAGAUUGGGGCACAUGUCAUAUGAUGUUGUAGGGGCACAGAUCUUACAAACGGGAAUACCUGCAUCUAAAGUUAACCUUAUUGGGACGACUGAGGUUGCGGUUGCUAGUUUGGCAGAGUCGGCAAUGUUAGGGGUUGCAAUAAUUGCUAAUGAUGUUUCAAAUUUCGGUGUUCUAGCAGUUUUGUCCCUUCUAUCAGUUGUUGGAGCUACUUGUUUGUACUGUAGCUGGUUGAAGAGUCCUACUGAUACACAAAGGAGUCUCUUUUCUUCAGAGCCGGGUUUCUCAUAAUCUAUGAAGUCUAAAUGGAGCAAACCGAAUGAAUUCCGAGUCGCUAGAAGGAUGGUAAAUAUGUCUCGUGCCACUUUGAUCGAUGCCUGAUGCCCUAAGAAUAUUGAAAUUAUCCACCAAUGGAGAUUAAUCUCAUGCUGUACAAGUACACUCCCUCAAAAUUGGCUUCUUUCUAGCAUAUUUAAUUUGUGAUCACAUUAGUUGCUCAAAAAAAUGGUCUUUUUUUUCACAUACAUGGUAGCUGUAAAUACAUGCAAACACACUCUGUAAAGAACUGAUCAUAUUCUUGAUGACAAAGCCAAUUGAUUCGCAGGUUACAUAAUUUUUUAUGUAAUUCUUUUUGCAAGUUCUGUAAUCGAGUCUGCUGUAUUUGAUAGAGACGAUUGAUUACGAGGAACAUUAUAUUGUCGAUUUCAUCGUUCGAACA